AUGGGGAAAAGGCUUGGUGCUAGAUUGAUCGCAUUUAAUUUCAUCAUUAUUUUUAUACUCUACACUAAAUUCUUUACAGAAUUUCAUGUUACUCCAAAUCACCUCAAAGAAUGUAUCACAAAUUUAAAUCUGAAGACGAAAGUUAAGCCAAUCUUACUUUCAUUUAGUGGCUUACCAGACAGUGGAAAAACAGCUGCCGUCACUUGUGUUCGUGGCUCGACUCGUGGACAAGUAUUAGAAAAGGAUAAUCAACAGGUUGGGGGUGAAAAACAACCAGAAGCUGGUGGAAUAGCAUUUCAUGAAAUGGUGGCUGCAAAAUUGAGUGGUACAACUAGUAUCAAUGACUUUACAGCCGAGUCCUGUUUUGCACCUGUUAUACUGUCUGCCUUUAAGGAAGAUCUAUUAUCAGAAGGAAAAGUCCCUCGUUUUGAUGAUCCUACUAAAGCAUUAUGCUCCAAAAUCAAGGAAUUUCAGCAUCCAGAUUUGGAUGAACAUCUUUGCUUCAUUUACCAGUUCCUUUCUCAGCAAGAUUUUAUUGUAAGAGAUUUACAGCAGUCUGAAAAGAAGAAUGUUCAGUUAGAGCUCAGUAAAUUUCUGAUAGAGUCUCUUCCAGAGGGAAUUGCUUUUAUCAACAUUUGGGAUGUUACAUUUGAUGAGUCUGUACGCCACUUCCUAGCAGCACUUCACAGCCACCUUUACAAUCACCACAUGUGGCUUUUUCUUGGCCUGGAGACAGAUAUUCCAAAGCUUGAUGAGCCACCAGAGAUGGGUCAAAAUGGCAACGAAAGAAUUCAUGCAACUCUCAUGAAAUGGAGACCUCGACUUCACUAUUUGCUUCGCAAUUGCAGAAUGAGUGAAGGAAAGAGAGAAAAAGUUUGUACCAUAUUUGCCACACACAAAGUUCAAUAUAGAUAUGAAGAGCUUACUGAGAAAGUAAAAAAAUUAGAAGAUGAUGUACAACCAGUAGCAAAUCAAAUUGGAAUUUCAUCACUUCUUGAAGACAAAAUUGAAAAACUCAGUUUGCUGCCUGAUGAUCGUGAUUUUCAAGGCCUCCACCAAAAGUUCCAGAGCAUUAUCAUUGACAAGCCGUUUGAAGAUAUUCCCAUUGCCUGGAUCUUUCUUCGAACUUUGUUUUAUCGAUUUGAUUGGAAGGUUAUAACUCGAUGUGACCUCCAAAUAAUGGCAGAAAAAUGCAAUAUAGAUAAAGAUUCUCUGACAGAGUUUUGUAAAUUUUACAUGUCCUUUGGCAGCAUCCUGGACCUGAGUCUGGUUAAUCCCAAGUAUCAGUAUGUCAUUGUAAAGCCAAUAGGAUUUCUAAGGGACUUAGGCACAUUACUAAACCCAAGUGAGGAAAUCCUUCAAAAGUACCCACCAAUAGCUUCUGGAAUUGUUCCAGAAACAGCAUGCUUAGAUCUAUUCAAUGGUCACAUUCUUGCUUACAUGGAUGCUCUUGUUUCACUUACUCUAGCAAUACGGCUAACAAAGCACAGUUUGGAGUUCAAGAAUGAGCAUGGACUUCUUCACAACGAUUUAAAGAAUAUCACCGAUGAUAUUUUCUAUUACGUCCCCCUCACUCGUUUCGGUGAUCCAAUUACAAAACUUGAUUUUAGUUCUGUUCAUGUCAUCACUAGCAUCAAUACGCCUCACAUUUUUAAGCAAGUUGCUUUUACAAAAUAUUUUUUGCAACUGUUCCCAGAGUCUAAGCUAAUUUUAUCCAAACAUCCAAACCAAACCAUCAUCAUGGAUUCUGCUACAGGCAUUACUGUCACAUUAGUUUCACAUAGCCCGGCUACCAGACUCACAUUAAGCAAACCAGAUGAACACAUAUGUUCCAAAAUCAUUCAAACAUACGAGAAGAUUGCUGAGAGUGCUAUAAGCCGUGGCAUUGCUGCUGUCAACUACAAGUUUAUCAAAGUGUGCGCAGAGAGUGUUCACUCAAAAAUUCGAUACAUCCCUUCAUGUCAUUAUCACAUACUACCUGAUGACAAGCUCUGCUCUAAAUGCAAUGAAGCUGCCACUGGUGAUGAUGUUAAACUUCGGCAGGUUUGGAAUAAAACAUUGAAGGAGCAUCCUGUGAAAGAUUGCUUUCAGUCAACUGAAGGUUUGACACAGGUAAAGGGAAAGGAAAUAGCUGAAGUAGCAGCUAAGAUUGCUUCAUUUGCUUCCAAAAAUGCACCGGUUCAUUUACAUGCCAUUAUAAAAGCUUUUAACGGCACUGAUGAUGUUAAAGAUCUCAAAGCUGAUGACAUUACCAUAAAUAGAAUCAUUCUGUCAUGGUAUGAGAGCAAAAGAGAUACUCAAGAGCCCAGACGACAACUGGCCAGAAAGAUUUUUGAGGCAAAAAAGUUUUGGGGUGCAGUUACACUUUAA